ACCCUUGCCGGGGGCCGUAAAGCGCGGAAGGUCGCGGUCUCUCCCGCUUCCCCGGAACUUUUUACUCCCUCCGCCCCGCCCCCUUCCCAUUCCCAGGGCCCCGUUUCUGGCGGCGGGACCCCCGGCAACUGUCGUGGCUGCUGUCCCGCUGCCGCCGGGGUGCUGCUGACGGCGGAGCCCGCGGCGGCCCGUGAGUUUGAACUGGGGAGAAUCUCCUCUUUGGCCGAGUGGGAGCACAUCUCCGAGCUGCUGACUGGCAGACGUGAUGUUUUCCCGGUUGCUGUCGGUGGCCCGGAGACAAAGGACCGGCCGAGGAUGGCAGAACUGGUCGUCGGGGAGAAGCGGUGCGCCAGCUGCCGAGGCGCAUUCUGUCGCCCUGCCUGCCCAGGCACAGGUGGUCAUCUGUGGCGGUGGAAUCAUGGGCACAUCCGUGGCCUAUCACCUCUCCAAGAUGGGCUGGAAGGAUAUUGUCCUUUUGGAGCAGGGCAGGCUGGCCGCUGGCUCUACGAGGUUCUGUGCCGGCAUCCUGAGCACCGCCAGGCACUUGACCAUCGAGCAGAAGAUGGCAGACUAUUCCAACAAACUCUACCAGCAGUUAGAGCAAGAAACAGGGAUCCAAACAGAGCCCCUGCUGAGUUCCCUCCUGCGUCAGAUGCCAGAACUGGAGACUCUGGAGAUCGUGAAGUUGGUCAACUGCCCCGAGACCUUCACCCCAGACAUGAGGUGCGUCAUGGGCGAGUCUCCUGCAGUGCAGGGCUACUAUGUCCUAGUGGGAGUGAACUCUGCUGGCCUGUCGUUUGGAGGAGGGGCUUGAAGGUUGUCAGAGGAUGGUGAAGACUCAGAUGCCAGCACGUGCGUUCAUCAGGCAGAGGAUAAGAAGAGCCAGAAAUCAAGGUGGUGGGUUCUCCCUUCAGUGAAGCAAAACCGCCUUUAGAAAACUGUCAUUCCUGCCACUUCCAUGGUGGGGAGGCGGGGUUAACGUUUCAAAUGCAUUCAGAGGCAGGGUAAGGGAGAAAGGUGGAGUUACUUUCCACUUUUAGAACGGAAAGAGGUAAAACUGUUGGUGUGUUUAAGAAGGUAGAAUCCAGGGACAGCAUGUCUCCUGGUGAGAGUCCAAGUAGCAGGACUCUCCUCCUGCAGAAACGGGAUAACUGAGGUUACUCACUGAGCUUAACGGUCUCUGGGCCCCUGUUCUGAACAGCAUCUCUUGUAUUUGGGGGUACAGGGCCCCCCAGCUGGGCACAGGACAUCAGGUAGGCUAUCCAAGCAGGUAGAUCUUGUCCCUUUUUGCUCUGUGUUCGUCUGAGGCUGGCACGCUUUCUGUUUCCAGAUAAAACAAGAUUGUCCAGUUGAAUAUGUGGACAAGACAGAAGAACACAGAGCCCCUCCCUCAAGAGACCAUAAGAAGUGACGAAGGAUCAUUUCACAGAGAAAAAAGUACCAGCCAUCUGAAACCCAAGUCCCGCCACGCAUUCACAAAGCAUCCAGAU